AUGGCAACGGGAUAUAAUGCCAUCGAAGAUUAUGGUAUAAUCGGGGAUAUGCACACCUGUGCAUUGAUCAGCAAAGCUGGUAGCUUGGAUUUUAUGUGCUGGCCUGUUUUCGAUUCGCCCACGGUCUUUUGUCGUCUCCUCGAUGCCAAAAAGGGAGGGUAUUUCAGCAUCGCCCCGACUCAGGCCGUUCAAGAUAUCCUCAGCAAGCAGAGGUACUUGCCGUACUCCAAUCUCCUAGAAACACGAUGGACCAACGAUGACGGGGUUGUAACAAUGCUGGAUUAUUUCCCUGUUUCCCCUAAGAAGACGGCUCAGUCAGGUCGAAUCUUGUCUGGAUAUUGUCCAUGUAACGAACAUGGCGUCAACCGCUUCAAGUCUGACCUGCGGCACUCCGGUUUGAUCAGGAAAAUUGAAUGUAGCCGGGGAUUUAUGGACCUACAGGUGGAACUAUUUCCAGCUUUUAAUUAUGCCCGUGACCCGCAUACAACUCGUGCAAGACUCUCCAAUGAUCUUGGCAAGCACCGCUUGCAAACCAUUCAUUUUGAAAGCGAUACGGAAAGACUUCAGGUGGAACUCUUUGCCGACUCUAAAGAACCUGACAAAACGGGGUUCCCCCAAGGCCGAUUAAGCAUGGAGGAGAAACCAGGUCUUAAAGGACGGGGGCUUGUGGCCUGGCUCCGAUUGACAGAGGGCCAAACUGUCACCUUUGUCAUACACAGUCCUGAAAAGGCAAUGCCCAGUGAGGCCACUGUGGCAGCUCAUUUGAAUAGGAUGGAAGAAGAAACGUUUGAUUACUGGACAGACUGGACCCGGAAAUGCGCGUUCCGCGGUCACUAUCGAGAGACCGUCGAGAGGAGUCUUCUUAUUCUAAAACUACUGACCUACAAACCAACAGGCGCUAUAGUUGCCUCUCCCACGUUUUCUCUUCCGGAGAAUGUCGGUGGUAACCGCAAUUGGGAUUACCGUUACUCCUGGGUCCGGGAUACCGCUUUCACUCUUUACGUCUUCCUCAAAAUGGGCUACAGUCAAGAGGCCGAGGCCUACGUCAAUUUCAUUUUCGACCGCAUCUUCCCGCAUGCCCAGCAAGAGGCCAAGGUGGGCUCAAAACGGCCAUUCCUCCCUCUCAUGUUUACCAUCAGAGGUGACUAUGAGAUCCCAGAAAUGGAGCUGGAUCAUCUCGAUGGGUACAAAGGAAGCAAGCCUGUCCGAGUAGGCAACGCGGCAGUCUUCCACACCCAGCUAGAUAUUUACGGUGAGCUUCUGGACAGCAUUUAUCUGUACAACAAGCAUGGGAACCCCAUUUCGUACGACCAAUGGCUGUCUAUUCGACGCAUGGUGAACUAUGUGAUCGAAGUACGACAUGAAAAAGACAUGUCUAUCUGGGAGUCCCGUGGCCAGAUUCAAAAUUUCCUGUACUCCAAGAUCAUGCUCUGGGUUGCCUUGGAUCGCGGUAUCCGUCUUGCAGAGAAGCGUGCGAGUCUGCCGUGUCCGGAUCGUUUCAAAUGGAUCCAGGUUCGCGACGAACUAUACGAUGAAAUCAUGGAUAAGGGGUAUAAUGCGGAACGAGGACAUUUCUCCCAGAGCUUCGAGAGCCGCGAAGUCCUGGACGCAGCAAUUAUGAUUGCACCGUUGGUUUUCUUCAUUGCGCCCAACGAUCCUCGAUUCAUCAGCACAUUGGAGAAGAUUCUUCAAGGGCCAGACAAGGAGGGUUUGUCCAGUGCGAAAAUGGUGUUUCGGUAUGAUCACGAUAAGGCCAACGAUGGCGUGGGUGGCCGCGAAGGCGCCUUUAUAAUGGUUACAUUCUGGCUCGUCGAAGCCAUGGCUCGUGCCGCAAAAUACGACGUCCCCAUUCCAAACCUAUGGAAACUCGCCCUCGCCCACUUCGAUAACAUCCUAUCUUACUCCAACCAUCUGGGCAUGUUCUCCGAGGAGGUAUCCGUCUCCGGUGAACAGAUGGGUAACACACCCCAGGCAUUUAGUCACCUGGCCUGUAUCAGUGCUGCCAUUAAUUUGGAGAAAUUAGGCCGGGAAGAGGACUGA